AUGCUAACGUUUGAGAAUAUUCCCUGUGUCUGUGGAUUAUUUAAGGGUGGUUGGGAGGUAUUUCCUGAACUCGCGCUCAUUCUCGCACUGGUACUCGUGUACGUCACGGUAGUGUUCGUUGUACUCGAGGCUGACGGUGCCUCGGUUAUUGUCAGAGGUCCAAAUAAAGUACCAGUGUACGCAAUGGUUGUGGUAGCAAUAGUAACCCUGACAUUCAUCAUAACUGGUGAGAUCAAUACGUUGGCACCGAUCGUGACAAUGCCCUUCUUAUUAACAUACGCGUGUAUGGAUUACGCUUAUUUCGCACUGGCACAAACGUUUGAUCUUCAGCACACCCGUGAGCAACGAUUUCGGGCACAAACUCCGACUUUUGAACGUAAUUAUGGGACAACUGGGCGCAAUGAGGAUACCACAUCAGAGAUGGACAAUGAUUUAGAUACACUCUUUCCGGAGAGGACGAGGCAUAAGAAUUUAGUGAGAAAUUCGAGCAUAUCUGACAGUACAAAUUACGCAGAUUCAUCACCAAGCAUUGAGGAAAAUGCUAGUAUCGAUGGAGUAAUAAAAAAAUUACAUAUCCAUGGAAAAUUGGGUAAUUGGUACAGCCCAUUGUGCAACAGGUGGUUUUCUCUCUUGGGUGCACUGAUCAAGCUGUUGAUAAUGUUCCUGGUUCACUGGGGAUAUGCAAUAGCGAAUAUUGUCGUUGUUUUUCUCGUUUGGAGUUACGUGGGUCAUGCUAAUCCAGCAGUCAAACCUGGUGUUUCAGCGGAAUUUAAACUUUUUGAGUGGCUCAGAGUGUCGAUACUCAGACUAAUGGGAAGAAAAGUUUAUGAUUACGAGCAAAUUGUUGUGACACCAGUGCAUCCAGGGGUGGAAACGAGCUCAGCCCAGCUUAAUGAGGAGAAUGAGGAUUUUGCUGGGAGGAGAAGAUAUCAUCAGACAUCCACUGUUACUGGACAAUUUGUGAACAUAGAUUGAUAAAUGUAUUUUUUGAGGCUGAAUAUGUACAUUCAACUGUCAUUUGUUACACUAUUUCUUGAAUGUCCUGUAUGCUCUUGCUUUCGAUCAUCUAGGGGUGAAACGAUGAAACGAGUUGGUUGACUUUAGAGCCAUUUUUGUGGAGAAUUUUUUGAGCUACAAAAAUGUCCUGAUUUUUUUUAUCGCCCCUCAUUAUUGAGAUAAUGCAAUAACAAAUAACUGACAGAAUUAUUCAAUGAUUUCUAAAUUUGACGAUUAUCAUAUGAAUGGGUUUAGGAAACAAGGUCGUAGAACCUUCUUGUUGAAUAGUAUUAUUUUUAAAGAAAAGUCAUCUUUAUCCGUUUUAAUACCCCGGGCGCUUAAAAAAAGUCAGAUAUUUUCCGAUGACUUCGUUGAAUGCAACUGAAUAUAUCAAGUUUCACAGGAAACAUUUUUCAACUUCAAUGAGAUGAUUCGUCGUCAAUGAGAUGAGUAUUUCCAUGACGAAAAUUUUGAGCAAUGUCUGGCGACAACUUUUUAUAGAGAAAAUUCCUCUCUACAUAAACUUUAAAGGUCUUUUAGCACUCUCUUAUGAAAUUACUCAUUUUUGGAAUGAUUCAGUGGUUACUGAAUCCGUACGUAAAAUGUAACCGUAAAAUUGUCCGAAUUAUACAUCAUAUCCCCACAUACUCGGUAAUUAUCUCCAGAGUGUGACCAAGUUCAGGCUAACAUUGACUCAUUACCAAGAUGAUUGAAUAAAUAACCAGUAGAUUGAAUCAUGUCAAUUCAAAUUUCGAUUUCUUCCCUGAAUUCUGAGGAAAAUAAAUCGGUUCAACAUUAUUAGUAAAAUUUUCAUAUCAUGACAGGAUGGAAAUCGUAUCACAAAAACCUGGUGUAACUUCAGGGUUGAAUAUACUUGCAGGCAUUUAAAUUGAGUCUAUUUUUUUUAUCAUAACCUAAAAGUGGUGAUGAAUAAUUUAUGCGCAUAGAAUAAAUAUUAAUAUAUUUUAAGGAAAUGUUUACAUGUUAUAUCUACCAUCUACUUUUCUCCAUAAUUCAACGAUGAUAAUAAUGAAGAAUAACAUUACUCGUAAUUAGAAGCACAAUAAUUGAUGCAGGAUCCGAAAUCAGGGAUUCUAUAUUCAUAAUGCAAUAUUCAGUUUCCGAAUAAUACUCUGUAAAUAAUUGAUAUAUUUAUACCAUCUUAUACUUGCCAUUUUUAUAAGCGCAAAGUAAAUUAUACAAAAUCUACAAUUAUUUAUAAUUUGUUGAAAUUGUAAUAACUAUUGAGUAAAAUAAUACAUUUUUAAUGUUUUUUUUAUUCA